AUGUUCCUUUAAAUUCCAAUGUCUUGUCAAUAUUCUUUAGAUAUACCAGAUAUAGAUGAAUAUUUUGGAAAUAAGGAUAAAAUAUACAAUUAAAAAAUCUAAGAUUAUAAAAGAAAAGUAAAUAGUUGUAGAAAUAGAUUGGAAAAAUUGAAAUUUAGGAUUAAUGAUUAACAAAUAUUAGAAGAUGAAUAUUAAGACAUUAAUAAAUAAUAAAAAAUUAAAUAAAUUAAUAAUGAUAAUUCAAGUUAAGAGAAAAAGGAUUAUUUUUAUUAUGAAAAUAGAAUUCAUACUACAAUAAAUGAAAAUUAUUAACUAAAAAGUAAUUAAGUUAAUAAAUUCAAUCAGAAAUUAUAUUCUUUAAUGAGUAAUCGUGAUAGAUCAUUAGAAUAGAAAUCUUAGAGAUUAAAGAACAUAAUUUAAGGUUAAAAAUACUUAGAUGAUACAUAAAAUUUACUUAAAAAAUCUCGUAAUUAUAGUGUUCAACAAAGCAGAUCAUAAAUUAAAAUUACUUUAUAUAUUAAAGUCCUCAUAAAAAUAAUAAGAUAGUAUUGA